AUGGUGGGGUGCCGUCAUUUCAAAGAUGCAGACGUGCGACCUCCGAGUUCGACACAACCCGUGUACAGAGAAGAUUGCACUCAGUGUUUUGAUUCAAUAGAUGAUCCGUCUGGACUGAAUGUCUGCCUCCAUUGCUUCAACGGCGGAUGUACUGGUGAACGGAAUCAUGCACAGCUGCACCACACACGCACUGGGCACGUAUUGGCUCUCAAUAUCAGAAGGACCAGGAAAAAAAUUCAGAGGGAUGAGCCACCCCAGAAGAUUUCCAAGCUUGCUAUAUUAGCUGAAACAGAAGAAGACCGUUACGAUACAGCAACGACCGUUAUUUGUUACGAGUGCCAGGUGGAAAAUAGCGACGAUUUGGGCGAUAGAUUAUCUGCAGUGGUGGAAGGAGUCAUGAAAGCUCUAUCUUUCUCGAAACGAGAAGAGGUAAAAGCAUGGGAGCAAGAAUUCAUUCCCUGCGAGCACACCCUAUGCUUAGCCCAGCAAGAUCACGGAAAUGUCAACAGGAAGGAGUUGAAACAAUGUUCCACGUGUGAGCUGAAAGAGAAUUUAUGGCUGUGCUUGGAAUGCGGUAAUGUUGGCUGCGGCAGGAGCCAAUUUGGUGGUGUUGGAGGUAACUCACAUGCUUUAGCCCAUGCGGAUUCAUCAUCUCAUGGUGUUGCUGUCAAACUUGGCUCCAUAACGCCAGAGGGUUCUGCCGAUAUAUACUGUUAUAGGUGCAAUGAGGAAAGGAUAGACCCUAAUCUGGCCGCGCACUUGGCGCAUUGGGAGAUCAACAUCGCAGAGAGUGAGAAGACAGAGAAAAGCCUGAUGGAACUGCAAGUUGAGCAAAACCUGAAGUGGGAAUUUGCCAUGACAUCUGAUGAUGGCUCGAUCCUACAACCAAUCUUUGGCCCUGGCUUUACAGGUUUAAAGAAUCUAGGGAAUAGCUGCUACCUUGCUAGCAUCGUUCAAUGUCUGUUCGCACUACCUGACUUUCAACACCGAUAUCUUCGCCCCAACGAGGAACCCCCUCAUAUCAAUAGCCCCGCAGAGGAUCUUGAAACACAAUUAAGGAAGCUGGCUGACGGUCUAUUAUCUGGAAGAUACUCCAAACCAGAUUCCGAGAUAUCGGUCCAACCUAGCUCGGUGGAGGUACCCCAUCAAAGAGGACUUGCACCCGCGAUGUUCAAGCAUCUCAUUGGCCGGGGCCAUGACGAGUUCUCGACAAUGAGACAGCAAGACGCUUUUGAAUUUCUACUCCAUCUUUUCAAAGUUAUCACUUUGUCGAGUCGUACAGGAAUUUCAGCCAAUCCUGUUGAGAGUUUCCGUUUCGUUCUUGAACAGCGCCUUGAGUGCCUGGAUUGCGGUAAAGUCCGAUACAAGUAUGACGAGCAGGACAACAUUUCAGUUCAGGUACCUGCCCGCCCACUGGCGUCAGAAAACGGGUUGGAACAGACAUCCACAUAUGAAUCAGUAACCAUGAAGGAGUGUCUUGAUAUCUUCACUGGUGAUGAGGUGGUGGAACUAAAGUGCCCAGGCUGCGAUAGCAACAAAGGUUUUCGCAAACGGUCCCUUUUCAAGUCGCUACCACAGCAUCUGGUCAUAAACGCUCGUCGGUUUGAACUAAUCAACUGGGUACCUACCAAACUCAACAUACCUGUGGAAAUCAACGAUGAUGACAUGGAUAUGGGGGCUUAUUUGUCUUCUGGUCCCCUUCCAACAGAAGAACUUCUACCUGAAGAUACUGCUACCAGAGCAUUCUCUGCAAACCCCGAACUAGUUCAACAGCUAGCAAGCAUGGGAUUCUCCCAGGUACGAUGCGAAAAUGCACUGUAUGCAACAGGCAAUUCCGAUCUAGAGAGUGCAAUGAACUGGCUUUUGGCUCACCUAGAUGACCCUGAUAUUGACAAGCCCGUGUCAGUGAGCGGUGGUGAAACCCCAGCGGAAAACGAUAUUGAAAAGAUUCAGCAACUUGGAGAGAUGGGCAUUGAUGCUAAGCAAGCGUCAAGAGCGUUAUCAGCGACAGGUGGAGAUGUUAACAGGGCGCUAGAUUGGGUGUUUAGCCAUCCUGGGGGUUGUGGCGACGAUAAUGAGAUGUCCACUACCCAAGAAGCUGGGUCAGCUCUGCCACGGGAAACUCCUGGCAAGACAGAUUUGCCAGCAAAAUACAAGCUACAGUCGCUGGUUUGUCACAAAGGCGGUUCACUCCAUGCUGGACAUUACGUUGCCUUCAUAAAAAGGAAAAUUCCUCAUAGCGAUGGAUCAGCCUGGGUCCUCUACAAUGAUGAGAAAGUAGUCAAGGCGGAUAACUUUGAAGAGAUGAAGCAGUUCGCCUAUGUUUACUUUCUCUCUAGGUCCGAGUAA